GUGAGAAACCACUGACAGUAGCCUGUGUCUGUCUUAGGAUCCACUGGCGAUUGGGUUUAACUACUGAGGGGAUCUCGCGUGCACGAUGUGUCACCUGAAGAAGCCCGUGUUCCUUCUCGUGCCUCUCGUGCUGCUGCGCUGUGUCGCCACCGCCCCUAGCAACAGGUACUUCACCUCAUCUAGUGAGCAGGAAAGCGCGCUCCCGGACAGAGAAGGCUGGCUCGUGCCCGGGAUCGUCUCCAACCCCUUCCUCGGCCUCAUUGCCGCACGACUACAGAGAGGGCUCACAUCUGUCAACAGCCACCACAUAGAGAAAAGGAAGUGCAACACAGCUACCUGUGUGACCCAGCGACUGGCCGACUUCCUGACCCGCUCCAGCAACACCAUCGGCACGGUGUACGCCCCCACCAACGUAGGCUCCAGCACCUACGGGAAACGGGAUCUAGUGCAGCCGCCGGGCUAUCUGCCUCUCUAGUCAUGCAUGGGUGGAAGCCCACAGAUGUAGGAUAUGCUCAGCUGAAAUGACCACACCACCUUGUAUAGGCUGAUGUAUACGUUUCAAAACAACAACGAUGGUUAUGAAUCAUUAACUCGAGUUUUUGGGGUUAUUUUAUAAACUUCAGAAGAAAAAAAAAAGCAGUGCCUUUUGGUGUGGAAUAAUAACAAAGAAGUAUUUGUUACACAAAUCAGACUAGAGGCGGAUGAGAUACUUGUCUCUGUUCUGUGACCCCAACAGGUUCGACCCCACAAUUGCAUGUGAAUAAAAUGUCAUGUAAAAAAAGAAAAAAAAGUAAACAGGUGCAUAAGGCAUAUAAAAUACACGUUUUGUCCUUCUGUUUGUCUGUUGUGUAGGUUAUUAUUUUUUAUUUUUUUU